AUGGCGGCGGGGUGCGGUCGGCUCUCCGGCGGGCACGGGGAGCGCUGGGCCCUGCCGCUCCGCCCGCCGCUCUGCCUCGCCUGCGCUGUGGAGACCCUGGGCGACGGCAGCGCCUCGCUGGUGCGCAAGAAGCACAUCCUUUCGCGUCUCCACGAUGCCCUGGCCCGGCAGGCACUGCCAGUCAUCCAGCUGCUGGCACCAGAUGAGAGGGUCUGCAUUCAUUUGAUAGGAACUCUCUUUGGAAUGUUGCAUACUGUGGAAGACAGUGGUGCCCUGGACCUAUUCGUAGAAGUUCUGGUGCAGCUUGUAGUGGAGCUGAAGUCAGAACAGUACUUAUGCUGCAUUUUGGAUGAAAGCCAAAAAGAGCUGUGCAAAGCAACUACCAUGAGAGGCAGCCUGCCCACAUUCACUCUCUUGGGCAAACUGGCAGAUGCCAUCCCAGGCUUUGCUGAUACACUGGUGGUAGAGCACAGUAAUUUAGUGGAUCAUCUGCUAAUGGGCUUGAUGUACCCAAAUGAAGGUAUAAAGGCUGCUGUCUGCUAUUUGUAUGGCAAGCUGUACUCCUCUCCUACUGGCAUAGAAGGGCUCUCAGCACACUUUGAAGAAAAGCUGUGUGGUCUUUUCUUGAAUACCUUGGGGUGUGCACAGACAAAGGAGCUGCAGGUUAAUUGUUUGGGUUUGCUAAGGGAGCUGCUGAAAUCUGACCAUUUUGUAUCCAUUCUUAUGAAUAAUUCAAAGAGAAAGGAGGAUCGUGAGAACUCUGACUUUUUACAAGGGGAAAAUCCACUGCCACUUGUUCUCAAAAAGCUCUUGUUGACCAGAGAUGAGAUGUUACAGGCAGCAAGUUCUCACUGUGUGGCUGCAGUGCUGGUUCACUCUCCCAGCAGAUAUGCUCCUGCUUUUAUCCAUGCGGAUGUCCCAGAAUUCCUGUUUGAGUGUCUCUCGUGCAACAGUGAAAUUCUCAUCUGGUCAGUGUAUUGCUGCCUGCUCCUCCUAACUGAAGAGCGCCUUUUCUUCUCGAAGUGUCACACAGUCUAUGGCAUUGAAUCUCUGGUGAGGAGUCUCCACGAUGUCCUGCAGCUGAACAAUGUGGAAUUGCACAAACAAGGGCUCCUGCUGUUCACUGAAAUACUGAAACGCACAGCCAGAGUGGCAGGCACAGUUUGGGGCCCAAAGAGGAGAGGCUGCAGGAAGCUGCAAGAGUGCUGUCCUUCCACUUUUCUCCCAGGCCCAGAAGACAUCAUAGUGCACCAUAUUGCAAGUGGGUUUGUGCCUCUUGGGCAACCAGUGGAAAUCAAAUUAUUCACAAACCGAGGUGUAUGUAUAGAAGCCAUUGAUGUUUUGAUGGACACAGUGAACUGCCCAGUGCUGGAGGUGGUAGUGGAGGCUGUGAGAGCUGUGGCAGCUUUCCUGAGGAAGGACCAUCUGAGCUCCCCUCCAGUCCCAUAUGAAGAGCUGCAGAAUCUGCUGGAGGCAGUGCUGAAGCGCUGUGCUGACCUUUCCCCACCACAGAGUAGCAAGAGGCAUGCAGGUGAUCUCCUAUUCUCAGUAUCUCAGAGUCACCCAGCAAACAGAAAUCUCAGCAGAGUUCCUCAGAGACAGGGCCAGUUCUUGCUCAGCACCCUGGAAAGUUUCAGAAAUGCUUGCAGGUUAGCAGUGGAAUUCCAGAGUGACCCCAUGGCCCAGGGGAAUGCUUUCACUGCCCCCAAUUCCGAGAGCAAGGACACACUGAACAACUUCUCUGAGUUCCUGUUGAGGAUUUGUGACAGUCUCUGCAUCCCCAUGGUCAUGAACUACCUGGAAAGGGCUGUGAGCCUGUCAGUGAUGGAGGUUUUCAUCUCAACACUUAACACCCUCUUCACAGUGGUGCCAAACAUGCGGAAUAAGUUCUCCAAAAAGCUGGCAUCCUCCUCCUUCAUCCGACUGACGCUGGAGCUGAAGGCCAGAUUUUGCUCUGUACAAAGUAAUCCUGCUUUGAAUCAGGCCUGUUCCAGCUUCCUCUGCAGCUUGUGCCUGAGCCUUUACUCUGCCACAGAGAAGGAGAGAACUUCUUCUCAGGAGGAGCAAGAGAUGUCUGAGCUUCUGCAGAAGGGUCUGCCUCAAUUGAACUACACCGUUGCUGAAAGCCUUCUCCUCCUGGCUGAAACCCCUGAGCCUUUCUCUUUGGAUCAGUCUCUUUGCAGCCACCAACACUGCUUCAUACUACUCUUAUACUAUGCCUACACCCUUGGGGACAGGUUUGUCCCAGAAGCAGAAUUAUUUUUAGCCAUUAGAAAUUUCCUUCUAUCAGCACAGGACCAUGGAGACUGUCCACCUCCAUACAUACUCAGAGCUGCACUUUACCUCCUUGCUGUCUGUCAGGACAAAGGCAAAGCCCUGGACCCGAGGUCGUUGUGUACCAUAAGGAGGAUCCUGGAUGGUCUUCCAGAUCUGAGCUUGAUCUACGUCCAUUGUCCUCUCCUGCUGAAAUUCUUCCUGCACUAUCCUGAACUUAUGGGGAGAUUUGGACACCAAGUCCUCCAACUCUGGUUUUCCUGGGGAGACUGCAAGCAAACUGAGACUGAAGAAGCUGGUCUUGGCAUAUCUGAUCAGCUGAACAAAACUGACCUGUUACUUCCCAUUCUGAAGAGCAAUUCCAGCAUUUUACUUAUUUUACUGGACCUGGUCUGCUCAAGCUCUGUGGAGGUGGCUUGGAAGGUGUUGAUGACUGUAAGGACCUUCCUGGAAAGAAAUGAGGAUGUCCUUGUCUGUGACCUCCUCCGGAGUCAGUUCCUACAGAUUCUGCAGCAGCUGCUGGUAGAGAGCAGCUCAGCCUCCUUACAAGCUAACUGGAACCUGCCUGUUUUGCUGAGCCUUCUUUUCCUGGUGCAGCUGCGGAGCAAGGGUGUGAGGGAGCUGGACAGCACAGACUUCAAGCUGCUUCACCAGGUCAGUAAUCUCUGUGGGAAAUGCAGGCCGAGGGACACUGACCUUCUGCAGCCAUCCUUGAAUUUUCUGUACUGGAGCCUUCAUCAGACAACACCUUGUAGUCAACAGAGAGCAGUGGCUGUGCUGCUCUCCAACGUGCCCUUGCUAGAGCUCCUGCAGAAGGUUUUGGAGUGCACCUGGUUGCGGUCCCCUCCGUCUGAACCUGCUUACCUAUCAUCUGACGAUGCCUUGCUGUGCUCUGGAUGGCUGUUGGUUGCAUCCCUCUUACUUUAUCAGCAUCGCUACAAUACUGAGGUUCACCAGACACUCUCUCUAGACCUAACGGAAGUCGUGAAUGCAGUCAUCUUCAGGAAAAAGAAGCCAAUCCUGCUGUUAGUGAGCAUUGUGCAGUUCCUGAGAGCUGUCCUGCGCCAGAACUUCUCCUCCUCUCUGCUGGUGAUCGUUGGCCAAAACACAGCCCAAGGUGCUACGCAACCACAGCCAUCAUCACUGCAGGAUGCUGCCUUGCACCCCCUUACUGCGCGGCAGGUCUUCUCGCUUGUUGUCAGUCUGCAGAACCUUUUGGUGCAUGUCCAGUUGCAGAAAGACUUGCUGCUCUCUCAAGCCAUAGUAGCCUGCCUGGAAACCUUAGUGGAAUACCUGUAUGUGAAGAACCAGGAUGUUGCUCUACAUGCUGCUUCACAGCCCUGGCACCGAUUCCUGCUCUUCACACUACUCAAUGGGGGCCGGAAGUCCUUUCUGCAGCCAGAAGUUCUCAGGCUGAUGACUUUGUUUCUGAGAUAUCAGAGCAGCGAUAUUAUUUCUCAAAAAGAAAUUAGCCAGAUUGUCCAGGAGGCAGCAGAAGCCAACUUAGCAGAGCUGCCUGAGGCCACAUCUCGUGCUCUUCACCUUUUCCUUUGUCAGAUUCAGAGCAGUCAUUGCCAGGUGGAGCCAGUGCAGUCAGGGACCAUUCAGACCUUGCUGGAGCGCCUCCUGGGACAGAGGAGCACUUGUGUGAAACAUCAGGACAUUGUAUGUCUGGGCAGUGUGGCAGUGUCCCUCUCACACAUUGGAGACUGA